UGCUGCCAUCAUCCUCCACACUUUCCUCCACGCUCUCUGAAUCUCUAGAAUGGAGAUGCCUCAGGGAAAGUGAGAACAUUGGUGACACAGAAAACAGUUUAAAAACCGGAAAACCAAGCCAAUCCAAUUAGUGCUCGAUAUUUUCUUUCAAACGGCAUUUUAGUGCAUUAUAGGAAGAGACAUGGCUGUGGCGGCUAAUUGUGCAAGGAAAACCCUCCAACUAGCUUCUUCUUCCUCCGCUAGAACCCUCUUUUCUCGUCGAUCUUUUCCCCUUGUUAAACUCAAUGGCUUACCUUCUUCUCCUUCUAGAACUUAUACCCAGAAGCGCUCACUCUCCUUUCCAAGGGUUCCGGAGCAGUUAGCAGGUGUUGCACAACUAGUGUCUCUGACGCCAUUACAUAGCGCUACUGCCUCUGCCUUGUUCACUUCCCUCCUCUCUUUGCACAAUACUAACUGGGGUUGUCUCUCUGAAGGUUUUGCAACACCUCUAUAGCAAGCAGCUGCAGAUGAUAACUUCGCCUUCAACUUAUCCUGUUACCAUUAGGUGCGGGUUUGUUUUAGUACUGGUUUCUGUUAGAUACUAUGAUUAAUAAUGUUAUUUGAUUAAAUUUUCUUAACUCACUGAAAGUGUCAAAGUGUAUACUCUAGUCUUGUCAUUUGAAAGGUGCUUCAAUUUCGGGAACCUUCCAA